CUCAUUUUGUCAGCAACUAAGGAUGGCAGACGUUCAAUUCGCUCCACUGAGGAGUCUGAGCGACUUCAUGCUGGAGUCAGCGCGCUUCCAGAUGCCAAACUUAAACGACCCAGAUAAAUGGGCGAACAGGGUGAUGCACAACCUGUAUUACUUCCAGACAAACUAUUUCCUGAUGACCAUCAUCGUGUUCCUCGUGAUUGGGAUCCUACACCCCGUGAAGAUGGUGUGUGGCUUUGCAGCAAUAGCAGCAGCAUUUGGUGUCUUUGUUUACUGCACUAACAGCCAGUGGACGGCGCGAAGGUUUAAGAAGAACCACCCAGUCAUCAGUCUGAUUAUCAUCGUGGCCGCCGGUUAUCUGCUUGUAUACAUGUUUGGGGCUGUCAUCGUCUUCAUGUUUGGGAUUGCUUUUCCAUUGUUGUUGACCUUGAUUCAUGCUUCCUUGCGAAUGAGAGGAUUAAAAAACAAAUGGACAAACAAACUGGAGACUGCAGGACUGAAGAGAACACCGAUGGGAAUUAUACUGGACGGACUGGGGCAGGAACAGGAAAUCACAAUGUAGAAACAGGAAGUGAAGGGCAUUGUGGGAACAGGGAAAGCAUGGAACUACUUAGAAUGCAAUCUCAUUUAUCUCGGGUCUUGCCGUCAGAGGUGGGAAAAACAACCUCAAAUGUAUUAACAUCACCUUAUGUUAAAACUUUAUACAUUUCCUGUUUAUUCAAAUAUAUAGGAUAGAUGGAGUUAGAAGCCCUUCUAUUGUAUGAUUUAGGUAAUAUCACUACAUUGAAUAAAGUUAACCUCCAUAUCCCACAAAUAAAAGGUCUCCAUGCAUUCAUUUCAAAGAUCUUGAAAAAGGGGUUGUCAUGGCAUCUACGCAAUACAUUCAAGGUUGUUUUUCUGCCAGUCGGAAAGGCCCAAGAAGUUGCGAUUGUCUUAGAAUGUUGGGAAAGAAAUUAAGAUGUUUUGGGAUUGAGUUCAAGUAGUACGUGUGAAGGUUAUAUACAUAUUACAGAGAUGUUAAUGUUUUGAUUUUUUUUUUUUUGAUUUGUUUUCUUUUUUUGAAUCUGUCAUUUUGCUUUGAAUUUAAGAUAAUGAUGUAUUUUUGACAGUUUUACUGAGCAUAUGAUUUUUUAUUUCACCUUUACUUUUCAUGAAGUUAAUUAUUGAAAAUUGAAAAUAUUUGGUGAUCAUUGUUGAUAAUCCUUAAUGAAGACAUGAAGUCUUGCCCAAUUAGAUUAAAAUGAAUUCUAGCUUACAAAUAAAGAUUGAGUUAUUUGGGAUGUUUUAGACUGUGUUCAGGGUAAGGACUAUGUCCAUACACCAAAACUGUUUGUAUUUUUUAAAAUUUAUUUUUUAUUGAUCUGUAGUUCUGCCUUUGAAGAAGAUAUGUAGAUUGAGAGUUUUAUAAUUAUAUAGAGCUGAAUGAUUUAUUAUUAAAUUGAAUAUUAAUUAGUAUAAAUUCCAUUCUUUAGCAUGAUAUCGUUUAAAUUGUACAAGAAAGAAGUGCUGAAAUACUGACAUAUUCAUAAUUUAAUGUAUGGACAGUGCUAAAUAUAGGACCACACAUUGGUUUGUGCCAUAAAAUUUACUGAAUGAGCAAGAGCAGUCUGAAACUUAAAGAAGAAUGAGCUUUUACAAAGAGAGAUAACUCAUUUACUUUCUGCUUGGAGAGUUAACUCUUUAAUAAAAAUAUUUUCGAAAAGAGAUAAAUUUUAUUUAUAUCUCCAUUUUCUGUUAAGAAUUUUGCCCCUUUAAGGACUGAAAUUUUGUUUUCGAAUAGAAGUGAUUUUCUGAUAAUAUUGAAUGAUUUAUCAUGCAUCAAUAAACUAAACAACCAAGAAAAAACUUCAGAUUUAAAAAAAUAAAAAAAAUUGCCAAGCCUUGAUCCUUAUGUCUCUCAUUUUGUUAAAUAUGUAAUUUUAUGAUUUAUAAAAUAUCACACAGAAAGAUGAUGCCUCUUUUGAAAUGCUUGUAAAAUUAUUUACUUACUUGUUUUGAAUGGGUAUUUUUUAUGUAUGACAUAGCAUUCAAAAUAUUAUGAAUUUAUAACUGUUAAUGCAUAUAUUUUUUUUCAAAAUUACCUUUUGAAUAGUGCAAGUCAUUUUUUCAAGUUAAAGGAUGGGAGAAUGUGAAUGCGUUUUGGCAGUUUUUACUGAGGAUUGCAAAGUUUUGAAUGACUUAAAAGAACUGAAGAAAUAACUGUUGUGUGGUUUUAAGGCAUGUGCAAUAAUUCAUGAUAACGACCAUGUUGAGAUUAAUUAAGUGCUGUAAUUUAAGUGAUAGAAAUUAUACAUUGUAUUCUUUACUUUAUUCACAUUUUUAAAAUGCAAAAACAUGUCAAUAUACUUUUACCAUUAUGCAAUAGAAGAACCUGUUUCAUUUAGCGUGACUAUUCUUAGUACUUAACUUUUUCUUAAUUUGGUUAGAAUAUUUCAAAUUUUGCACUAUUGGAACUCUUUUGAAAUGGAAGGAAAAUUUAUAGCACACAAUUACAUCGUGUGAGCAGAAGACAAAGGGAGUAAAUGCAUACAUAAUUGACAGAAUUUUUAAAGAUACUAAAAAGCAAAAAUAAUAUUUUACUGUGGGUCAGUAUUAAUUUUUGAAGCAUUUGUAACAUAUAACAUGUAACUAUAGUGCUUGCACUUACAUGUACCCUUGCUGAUGUGGCUAUUAAGUCUGAAUGUGAAAUCACCACAAAUCAUUCUGUUUAGAAAAAAUAGAGCCAAGUAAUAAUGUAAACAAUGAUUCCUAACAAAAGGUUUAAGUUAAAAAAUAUAUAAUAUGUAUACAUUAUGUACACAAAAACUAAUUGAAGAAGUAUCCCCUUGCCAAUUUUGAGAUACUCUUUUUGGUUUCUUUUACAGAAGAGUUCAUACUGUAAAAGGCCAAAUGAAAAUGAAAUGAUUAAUCCAGGCAAAUACAGAAACUUGCACAUAUAAAUAAUUAAGUCCCAUGAUAUAUUUGAAAAAAAAUUGUAAACAAAAUUGUACAUUUAAGUCCCAUGAUAUUUAAAAAACCAAACUGCUGUGUGAGUGUGUUAGAUUGUGUGUUCAUUUAGUUUUCAGUUACUUAGUAUGUCUGUGAUCAAAGAAUAUUUAUGGAUUAAUUUUGCUGAAAUCUAGGUAACCGUUGUACUUUCCCAGGAAAACACUCUAGCUUGCAUUGUAUAUUUUAUCAGACAUAUUAUGCUUAAAAUGUUUAUCAAAUUCUUGCAAGUUUGAUGUUCUGAUUUUUUAUGUAAAUGGCUUUCACAUGAUUGACAAAAACAAUUCCCCAUAAAGUAGACUUGAGGCACACCUGUAUAAAUCAUGUACUUGUCUGAAUGUUUUCUAGAAACAUAGUUGUUUUUUUGUUGUGUUCUUUUUUAUCAUUUGUCAUCUUUUGUAUUUAUCUGUAUAGGCGUGAGAUAAAGUUAAUCAUUGAACAAUCUAAUAAAUCCAGUGAAUUUUA